UGGUGUUCAACGUCAUCGCCGCGCGUCCGGCGGGAGAUGGCGGACGGCGGUAAGCGGCCGCAGAAGAAGGCGGCUCAGCAGCUUGUCAUCCCGCGCAGUGCGGCUGAGGAGCAGCGUUUGAAGCUGGAGCGGUUAAUGAAGAAUCCGGAGAAGCAAGUGCCAAUAUUGGAAAAACCCAAAGACUGGGCUCCACGGCCACCACCAGAAUUUGUUCGUGAUGUCAUGGGAUCGAGUGCUGGUGCAGGUAGUGGAGAAUUCCAUGUCUACAGACACCUGCGGCGAAGGGAAUACAUGAGGGAGGAGUUCAUGGAAAAGCAAGCAGCACAGCAACGUCUGGAGGAAGAGUUUCAGAAGAAAUUGGACAACAAUCGAAGAGAAGCUGAAGAGAAAACAGACAAACGCAGGAAGAAACGUCAAAAGUUGAAGGAGAAGAAACUGUUGGCAAAGAAAGCCAAGCAGGACCUUACAGAAACCGCGGAAGGCUCUGAUGAAAAUUCCAGUAGUGAGGAAGAAGAAAACAGCCCCAAAGAGAAGGUAGACGACUGUGAAGAACCAAGUUUUGUAAUGGGUGGUCGGUGACCUGAACCGCCAUGAAACAAGAACUCAAUUGGCACAGCAACGUGUGACUUUGGGGAUUUGGUGAUUGGAAACUUCCAGUCCCAAAUACAAACAGCAACUUGGUGAAAUUCCCAACAGGUCUGACAGUAUUCAGAAAGUUCCCGUUUCAGACUGUGGCUGUCUCUCAGACUAGAAUUCAUACUCUUUCUGAAUCCUGAUAUUGCCUGCAGUUUCGCUUUGAACAACAGUUGCCUUUUCUCAGCACAGGGCCAGCAAAAGAUCUACUUUUCAAUGUGUGAAGUUUUCUUUUGAAUGUUUGAUAUUCAAAUAGAAAUUGAGUUGCUAAGUUUUGAUUCUCUUGUACAUAGCACACAAAGAUAGUAAACAUUUUAUAUGUUCAAAAUUUUUUUAAUGAGUAUAUGUUGUGAAUAUUUAUAACUGUUCUGAAAAACAAGGUUUAAUUCUAAGAAAAGUCCAGGAUUGACUUGUUAAAUCUUUCUUGGCAUGUGAAUUCUGAGAGUCCCGAAUUCAUGGAAUUUCAGAAUUAUUAAAGAUUAGGAACAUGUAAUUUUGCCCAUCAUGUAGGCUGGGUGCUGACCUUUUUUAGCUCCUGACUUUAAAGGGAGUACUAAUCUGAAGCCCCACAUUUAGAUUUGUAUUUUCUGCAAAGUUGCCAUGCAAUUCCCCUCAAUCUUCCAAUGUCAUGAAGUCAAACCAUCACUCUCCAAGUCAGCAGGACUGCCAAUCAGAAAGUGAGUUUUUUAAUCCCAACUCUCUAGCAUUCAGCUCCUAACCAAGCUCACAUCUACCCUAACUGUUCACUGGUACUUGCAGUACUGUCGUUAAGGCUCCCUGUCUUUCUACAUAACAUAGUUGUAGUUAGUCAAAUUCCCAGUUCUGAUGUAACUGUUUUGAAGCUACAGUUGAAGGAGUCAAUGCCACUUGUUGUCUGCACUAGGCAGCAGCUUCCUCUGUGGUUAUGAGAAUGGUUUAACAGUAGCACUUACCUUAACAUCUGCGGGUCAAGUCUCAUUCCGGAGAUCAUUGCAUAAUUCUAUAUGGUUAGAUUGUUGGAAGUACAGUAUAGACUUCUGUAUGAAUUGUUAUCAAAUUUAAUUUAGUCUUUCAAGUGGGUGUAAAAAUAAUUCUGUUGUUCUAGAAAAGUGAUAAAAUAUUUAUCCUUCAGCACACAUUGCAAUGAAAUUUUGGUCACUAACAUUUUUGUUUUUGGGAGAGUCCCAUGAAAAAGUAGCCAGCUGGUCAUUGCAGCUCUACAGCAGUGACUACAUGUCAGUUACUUCACUGAUUCUAAAAUUGUUGGCACACCCUGAGGCCACAAAUGGUGCUGUAUAACUGCACAUUGUGCUUAUUCGAUUUCCUUGUGCUAGGGUGUUUUAGGUUAUCUGGAUGGGAAGAGGGUUCACAUCUUUGGGAGGUGGAGGUAUUUGUGAUAGUGAUUAGCUGCUCCUGUACACGUAGCAGGCAAUCUUUGUGCAGGCUGCAUUUUACAAGCUGUUUUCCAACAGAAGAUGAGUUUGAGAGGAGCAGGGCUGCAUGGUGGUUCCAUGAGAAUUACCCAGGAAGAGUGAUGUGUGUCCCAUACAGAAAUGUCGAUCAGGAAACUGACAGAGGAAUAAUUUGGAUAAGUGAUCUGUUUCUGUUGUGGUAAGUGAGGGUGAGGAGUUGUGUUUAGUGAGAAAAGUAAGUGCUGACCUCCCUCUUCUUGAAUUGCAGUGACUGUGCUCUCUAGGUUGUGAGAUUGUGUCACUACUCAAGGGUUCCAUUUACACCAAAUGAUCAAUUGCUGAUCUCACCAGUCACUCCCCUGAUCCAGUGAAUAACUGAGAAAGUAGAUUGAAGAAUAAAGUACAGUACAGUUCAGCAAUAGGCCCUUUGGCUUAUCAAGACUGCGCUGUUACAUGAGGCCUUUCUAACAUUAAAAAUCUUAUGCUGCUUUGUGGUCCAUAUCCCUGUUUUGUUUUGGAUGGGGGAGGCAAUGGCCAACUGGUGUUAUUGCUGGACUGUUAAUCCAGAGACCCAGGUAAUGUUCUGGGGACCUGGGUAUGGUAGGUGGUUGAAUUUGAAUUCAAUAAAUAUCUGGAAUUAAGAGUGUAAUGAUGACCACGAAACAUUUUCUGAUUGUCAGGAAAAACCCAUCUGGUUCACUAAUGUCCUUCAGGGAAUGAAACUGCCGUCCUUACCUGAUCUGGUCUACAUGUGACUUCAGAUCCACAGCAAUGUGGUUGACAUGUAACUGCCCUCUGGGAAAUUAGGGAUGGUCAGUAAAUGCUGGCCUGGUCAGGGACGCCCUAAUUCCGUGAAUGAAUUUUUUAAAAAAUUUCCCGCCUAUUCCUGUGCAUGCCAAGAUGCUGAGAGGACAGAAACUUUUAAAAAGACAUGAGGGGCAACGUUCUUCUUUAACACAGGGUGGUUCGCAUGUGGAAUAAACUCCCUGAGGAAGUGGUGGAUGUAGGCACAGUUACAACGUUUAGGAGAUGCUUAGUUAACACUUUUUAGAUUCACACUUAUGUGAAUAGGAAAGGUUUGGAAUGAUAUGGGCCAGGAGCAAGCAGAUGGGAUUAGCUUAGUUUGCGAUUUUGGUUGUCAUAGACUGAUUGGACUAAAAGGUCUGUUUCCGUGCUAUAUGAUUCUAUAACUAUUUGCUUCUCCCAACUCCUCUGACAAUGCAUUCCAGAUACUUACCAUCCUAUGUUUAAAAGAAAGCACCUUGCCUCUCACGUCUCUGGGCCAAACAGCCUGCUUCUGUACUGUAGGGGUUUUAUAAUUCUAUAAACUCUUUUAAACUCUUCCUGUUUUACCUUCAACAUGUGUCCCCUAAUAAUUUGAUAUUUGUACUCUGGGAAAAACACACCAACUAUCUCUGCUAUCCACAUGCUCUCAUAAUUUUGUGUAUCUCAUUGCCUCUUACCUCUAACCAAGUUUAUCCAAUCUCUCAUAGCAAAUACUGUUGCAGCUCUAUAAAACUUUGGUUAGACCGCACUUGGAAUACUGCGUCUAGUUCUGGUCGCCCUAUUAUAGGAAAGAUGUGGAUGCUUUGGAGAGGGUUCAGAGGAGGUUUACCAGGAUGCUGUCUGGACUUGAGGGCUUAUCUUAUGAAGAGAGGCUGACUGAGCUCGGACUUUUUUCAUUGGAGAAAAGGAGGAGGAGAGGGGACCUAAUUGAGGUAUACAAGAUAAUGAGAGGCAUAGAUAGAGUUGAUAGCCAGAGACUAUUUCCCAGGGCAGAAAUGGCUAACACGAGGGGUCAUAGUUUUAAGCUGGUUGGAGGAAAGUAUGGAGGGGAUGUCAGAGGCGGGUUCUUUACACAGAGAGUUGAGAGAGCAUGGAAUGCGUUGCCAGCAGCAGUUGUGGAAGCAAGGUCAUUGGGGUCAUUUAAGAGACUGCUGGACAUGCAUAUGGUCACAGCAAUUUGAGGGUGCAUACAUGAGGAUCAAUGGUCGGCACAACAUCGUGGGCUGAAGGGCCUGUUCUGUGCUGUACUGUUCUAUGUUCUAUACCCUCCAACCCAGGCAACAUCCUGGUAAAUCCGUACCCUCCCACACCUCCAUAUCUAGUGCUGUGGUGACUAGAACUAUAUGCAAUAUUCUAAACGUGGCCUUACUAACGUUCUAUACAGCUGCAACAUGACUGCUGCCAAUUUUAUACUCCUAUACCCUGACUGAUGAAGACAAGCAUGCCAUUUGCCUUCCUGACUGCCUUAUACACUUGUGUUGCUAUUUUCAGCGAACUGUGGAUCUGUAAACCUAGAUCUCUUCGUAUGUCAAUGCUAAUAAGGGUUCUACCAUUUACCGUAAACUUCCUUUUGACAUUAGACCUUUCAAAUUGCAUUAUCUUGCAUGUGUCUGGAUUAAACCUCAUCUGACUUUC